ACGGGGGUGCGGCUCCAGGAAACGGCGCGCUCACAGCUCCGAGCUCCUACCAACUCGACGCUGCGGGACCGCCCCGCAGAUUUCAGCUAGCCCACCCGGCGGACCCCAGCGGCCGCCCCAGCAAGCACGACCUAGAUCCGAACCUCAGACAGCUCUACACGGACGUGGCAGACAGGACAGGCAUAGCAGAAAGGGGCCCCAGAGAUCAUGGGGACCCUGACAGGGCCAGCAGUGGCGAGCAAGCGGGAUCCCCGAGCCUGAGACGUGGGCGGCAAGAGCUGCUAGGGCCAUGACUUCGGUGUGGAAGCGCCUACAGCGGGUGGGCAAGAGAGCCGCCAAGUUCCAGUUUGUGGCGUGUUACCAUGAACUGGUGUUGGAGUGCACCAAGAAAUGGCAGCCAGACAAACUGGUAGUGGUAUGGACUCGUCGGAACCGGCGCAUCUGCUCCAAGGCCCACAGCUGGCAACCUGGCAUCCAGAACCCAUACCGUGGCACUGUAGUGUGGCUGGUCCCUGAGAACGUGGACAUCUCUGUGACCUUGUACAGGGACCCUCAUGUGGACCAGUAUGAAGCCAAAGAGUGGACUUUUAUUAUUGAAAACGAGUCCAAGGGACAGCGGAAGGUACUGGCCACAGUUGAUGUGGACUUGGCCCGCCAUGCAGGGCCUGUGCCUGCUCAGGUUCCACUUCGUCUGCGACUGAAGCCCAAAUCUGUGAAGGUAGUGCAUGCUGAGCUGAGCCUCACCCUUUCUGGGGUGCUGCUGCGUGAGGGCCGUGCCACGGAUGAUGACAUGCAGAGUCUGGCCAGCCUCAUGAGUGUGAAGCCUAGUGACGUGGGCAACUUGGAUGACUUUGCUGAGAGUGACGAGGAUGAAGCUAAUGGCCCUGGGGCUCCUGAGGUCCGGGCACGAGGCCCCCAGUCAGGCCGGGGCUGUGCCCUGAGACUGGGACGUUUCCCAGAUCCCUCUCGAGAGCUGAAGACACUCUGUGAAGAAGAUGAUGAAGGCCACAUCCAGCCCCAGCAGGCAGCUGCCAGAUCCUGUAGUGCUGAAGAAGCCAGCCCUGCCCCUGUCAGCCCUGCCCCUGUGAGUGCCCUUGCGCCACCAGCCAGGGCCUCCCGGGGCCAGGGGUCAGAACGAGCUGCUAUAGCGGGGGGCCAGGUGGGGCCUGAAACCCCAAGGCCCCCACAAUCCCCACCAGAGACAAGGGCUGCAGCAUUCUCAAGGGUGGUGUCAGAACGAGCUGCUAUAGCGGGGGGCCAGGUGGGGCCUGAAACCCCAAGGCCCCCACAAUCCCCACCAGAGACAAGGUCCACCAGGCAGCCAGGCCAGGACAUGGUCCCCACCCCAGCCCCUCGGCUCCGGAAAGGCUCUGAUGUAUCCCGGGCCCCAGUCCCCUACAGGGGGGAUGAGGACCCCAAUACCUCAGAGGAUCCUCCAGCAGGAGUGGGUUCUUCUGAGAAGACCCAGGUCCAGAUAAGCUCUCAGGGAGGGACAGAGGCCUGUGGAACUGAUCCAGAGCCAGACGCUGAUGGCAGAGGCUCCAGGGGUGCCCUAGGAAAAGAAAGAUCUAGAGUUGAAGAGGGGGACACUGGGGACAGGCCAGAGGCUAGUGGGGCAGGAAGCAUCGAGAAGAACACUAAGGAGCCAUGCUUCACAGCUGGAGAGGCUGAAGAGAGUUCAAAACUUCAUCAAGUAGAUGCUGAGCAGAGGUCAAAGGUACAUGUAGCUGUGGAGGGGCCAGAGGCUGCAGGGCUGGUGCCUAAGGCAAGACUCUGGGAAACUCCUGAGGCUCCUCCUAGGAGUGCUCAGAGAAGGAUGGGGGUAAGGACCCAGGAAGAGGCUCCCAGUGACCUGAACCAACCUCCAGCUGAGCCUCAAGGGCAUGUAAGGCCCCUCAGGGGUGCCAUGCCUGCAGACCAGGAGAGAGACAGCAUGGAGGUCAGGGGCAGAACCCCUGUUGACGAGAGGACAGACCUGGAGCAGGGCCCCUCUGCUGGAGCAGCAAGUGCUGGGGCCCAGGGGAGCGACUUUCAGAAAGUCCUGUCAGGUGGCCAGGAGGUAGUAUUUGCAGAUCUGAGGGCCCAGGAGGCAAAGGUUGGGGAGCCAAGGGUCCUGAAAACAGAGACUGAGUGGGUGCCAGGGAAGGUUAUAGAGACACCAAAUGCAGAUGCUGGGAGACCUGAGUCCCCAGAAAUAGGGACUGGCACAGCAGAGUCUGAAGUAUUGGAGGCCCAAGGUUCAGAAGCAGCAAGAUCAGAGGUCCUGGAGCCAGAGGCUACUGGAACAGCACAGUCUGAGGUAUUGAGGACCCAGGAUAAAGAGAUCGGGGUUCUGGGGAUGCUGAGGACAGGGACUGAGAGAAGUGAGUCUAAGGACUUUGCGAUCCAGAAAACAGUUGGGGAUCUUACAGUUGCAGGUACCAAGACAGUGACAGCAGAAACUAAGAUAUUGGAAGCCCAGGAGGUAGCAGAUGGGGGAGCUGGUGUACUGCGGGUAGAGGUUGAGAUACUGGGAACCCCAAAGACAGUGGCUGGGGAGGCCAAAACUGGAACACUGGAGACCCAGAAGGUAGCAGCUGAAGGUUCAGAGGCUCCAAAGGCGCAGGCAGAGGUGGCAACGUCUGAUACGUUGGGUAUGCAGGAGACAGAGGUGGGAGGUUCAGAUAUUUCAGUGAUGGAGACAGUAGAAGAUGGCAUACGGGGGACCCAGGAAACAUCAGUGGGUCAUAGAGCACUUUGGAUAGAAGCUGAGAAACCAGAAUCCAAGAUUGAAGGGUCCCUGGAGAUAAAGGAAGGAGACUUAGCCAAGAACUUAGAGGCUCCCGAGAUAGCAGCUGGGGUUUUUGAGGUGCUGGGAAAAGAAACUGAGGGAGCCAGGGUCUUGGAAACAGAGGCUGGCUCUUCAGAAGUUCCAGAGACAGAAGCCAAAGAGGCUGAGAUACUGGAGGUCAAGGAGCUAUCUGGAGGUUGUGAGGCACUGAGAAUAGUGGCAGAGAUAACAGAAUCUAAGAUGUUAGGGGCCCAGGAGACAGAGGUGGGAGGCCCUGAGCUAUCACAGACAGAGGUUGCAGGGGCAGAAGCUGAAAUACUGGGGACCCAGAAAAUAGCAUCUGAGGGUUCAGGAGUCCCAGGGAUGGAAGAAUCCGAGAUCUCGAUAGCCCAGGAGACAGAAAUGGAGAUUUGGGAGACCCCAGAGGUAGAAACAGAGACAGUGGAUGCUGAGUUAUUUGGGACACAGAAGGCAGACAUAGGAUUAGAGACCCCAGAGUUAGAAACUGAGACAAUGAUGUCUGAGAUUCUGGAGGCCCAAGACAUAGAAGUAAAGGAGUCAGGGCCUCUGGGAACAGAGGCUGAGGCAGCAGAAACCAAGGCUCUGGAAAUCCAGAAAAUAGAGGCUGGGGUAGCCAGGGCCCAAGAAAGGAAUUCUGUAAUCUCCAGGCCAGAGUCUGGAGCAGCAGACACUGAGGUACUGAGGGCCCAGUGGACAGAAAUUAUGGUUUUGGAGUCUGAGGAAGCAAAGACUGACAUUUUGGGGGUCCAGGAGCCUGGAGCUGGGGAAACUCUCAAGUAUGAGGCCCUAAGAGUUGCAGUGGCUAAACAAAGAGUUUCUGGGGCUGAGGGAAUAGCAUCAGAGGGGUCCAGGGUACAAGAGACAGAAAGUGAAGUUCUGGGGAUAGUAGAGGCCAAGUCUUGGACUGUGGGGCCACAGGAAGCAGAGAGGGAGGGGUUCGAGUCUCCAGAGAAUAAAUCUGAUAUUUUUGAGGCCCAGGAAGCAGAAUCUGGGGUCUUGGGAACCGUGAAAGAAAAAGAAGCUGAUGAGAGCCUGGAAGAGGCCAGCCUGACUGAGGCACAGGGGGCCAAUGGGGCAGGGGCUGGGGUACCCAGGCCCUCGGGGGCCUCUUCCCCAGAGGAGCCUGAAGAGGACAGGAGGCUGCUGGGCAGCCAGGCACCACCUGCCCUGGUCAGCUCCAGCCGGUCCCUGCUGGAGUGGUGCCAAGAGGUCACCAAUGGCUACCGUGGUGUCUGCAUCACCAAUUUCACCACAUCCUGGCGCAACGGCCUGGCCUUCUGUGCUAUUUUACAUCGAUUCUACCCAGACAAGAUUGACUAUUUCUCCCUCGACCCACUCAACAUCAAACAGAACAACAAACAGGCUUUUGAUGGCUUCGCUGCCCUGGGCGUGUCUCGGUUGCUGGAGCCAGCGGACAUGGUGCUUCUGUCUGUACCUGACAAGCUCAUCGUCAUGACGUACCUGUGUCAGAUCCGAGCUUUCUGUACCGGGCAGGAGCUGCAGCUGGUGCAGCUGGAGGGCGGUGGUGGCCCUGGCACUUACCGCGUGGGCAACGCCCAGUCUAGCCUGCCCGACGGCCUGGACGCAGGCGACCUGGCGCAGAGGCUACGCGGGCAUGGGACUGAAGCGCCCACAGAGCCCAAGGAGGCUGUAAACCGCGGGGCUGGGGCGGUGCCCAAGGUGGCCUCUAGGGACACGGACCUGCGCUGUGCCUCCAAGGAUGGGGAGGCCGAGGCUACCCAGGAGGCAGUUCCCCCAGAAGCUCCCUCUGGCGGCCCCAGAGCCCGGUCAUCCACGUCCCCCGUAGCCCUCACAGAGGGGCUGGUAAACGGAGUGGGGGCGCCAGGUGGCAUGAGUGGUGUGAGACUCAGACGGUCCUCGGUCAGUGGGGAGGCCGGACCGGUGCCUCCACCCCGCGCACACGGCUCUUUCUCCCACGUGCGUGACGCCGAUUUGCUAAAGAAGAGGCGAUCCAGGUUACGGAAUAGCAACUCCUUCUCUGUGGAUGACCCAGACUCUGGAGCAGCAGUCGGCGCAGGACCUGCAGGAGCUGGGGCUGUGGAAGGGCCAAACCCUGAGCCCAGCCUUGACUCAGGCCCACGCACAGCCCCAGUCCCGCAGCAGCCUUCUGGUGGGAACCCUCCUUCAGAGGAGCCGCCCCCGAGUCCAGGGGAAGAGGCUAGCCUGCAACGGUUCCAGGACACAAGUCAGUACGUGUGCGCAGAGCUCCAGGCCCUGGAACAGGAGCAGGGGCAGAUAGAUGGGCGGGCUGCUGAGGUGGAGAAACAGCUGAGGAGCCUCAUGGAAUCAGGUGCCAACAGGCUGCAGGAGGAGGUGCUGAUUGAGGAGUGGUUCACCCUGGUCAACAAGAAGAAUGCCCUCAUCCGGAGGCAGGACCAGUUGCAGCUUCUCAUCGAGGAGCAGGACUUGGAGCGGAGGUUUGACUUGCUGAGCCGGGAGCUGCGGGCCAUGAUGGCCAUUGACGAGUGGCAGAAAACCGUAGCGCAGCAGCACCGAGAGCAACUCCUGUUGGACGAGCUAGUGUCACUGGUGAAUCAGAGGGACGAGCUGGUCCGGGACCUGGACCAGAAGGAGCGGAUCGCUCUAGAAGAAGAUGAGCGCCUAGAACGCGGCCUGGAGCAGCGGCGUCAGAAGGUGAGCCGGCAACUGAGCAGGCGGGAACGCUGCAUGCUGAGCUGAGCUCCCUGCCUGGUUCUCGCCCUUCUUUUCUCUGGUCACGGACCCCUCCUCACCAGCCUCCCAGCUCACCAGUCCCCCAGCCUGCACGGCGGAGGACAGCCCCCCCCCCCAUGCUCCUUCAGCGAGCAGAAGCAGAGAGGACCCGUAAUCGGCGACUGGAGCAGUUGAGCCUGCCAGGCAGUAUUUAUUUCUCCCAGUGUGUGUGAAUGUUUUGGCGGUGGCCAGGAUUCUAGGGGCACUGCACAGAACUCUUCCCCUGUGUCUACAAAGCGAUGGCUUGGGAACCGCCACCUACAUCCUCCUUCCCUUCUGUGUCUGGAGCAAUAAAGUUUGACUAGGACAAA